AUGACGGAAACUAGCAAUUUCAUCAAGACUGAGCCUGACGAGCACAGCAGUGACCCACACCAUUAUAUAAUGUCGCAGUCCGGCUAUUCGAUGUCAAACCAAUUCGGGAACCCUAAUGAAGGGGUUGACCCCUCGGAGUUGAGCAUGCAGAACGGCUUCAUGUCAUACCCGUUCUCCUCGCAACAGAACCUUUCCUCCAGUUUCAAUUUCGGUAACUCUGGGAUCGAUACCGAUGAGCUCCUGGAUCUGGAGAUUAACGGCCACAAUGGAGUCCAGCAGAACUAUCUCCAGGACCAACAGUCAAGCGCUGGGAUCUCGAUGAGUCACCCGGGCCAAAUGUCACAGAUGUACUCCAACACGCCAGAUGGAGCUCCCAUGCACAGCCCCUUCAUGCAUAGUUUCAAUUAUGACCACUUCCGGAGCAUGGGCCAGCCAGGACAAGCGCCUCACCUCCAGGGCAACGGAUCCCAUUUUGACCAGAGCUAUCUGAAUGCCAAGGCUCGGCCAAGCAUACAAGCGCUCGACCGGGCCUCGUACGACGGACGCAGCCCGAUGACCCCCAAGACCCCAGCGCUCGGCGCUUUGACCCUUGGGACGCCGGAGUCCGGGAGCUUCCCUACUCAGCCCAUUCGGACUGGCCUUCAGCAUCGGCACCAGAAGACGCUAUCCAACCAGUGGGAUGGUACGCCCGGGAGUGCGCAUUCGUAUGUGGAGUCACCCAUCUCAUCUCCUGGCCAUCCAUCUCAUCAUGCGGGGAUUUCGGAAAUCCUCAAAUCGGGCAAGCAUGCUUCCUUGCCGGCCAAGGUUGAUACGCAUAUGCCAGGGUCCGCACAGGACUUAGAAUCGCAAGAGGCGAAGCGGCGCCGUCGCAGAGCCUCUCAUAAUCUCGUCGAACGCCGGCGGCGAGACAACAUCAAUGAACGCAUUCAGGAUCUUUCCCAUUUGGUACCCCAGCACCGCUUGGAGGAUGACAAGGUUCGUAAGCAGCUUGUCAACAAUACUGCCAUGUCUGGUACCGGAGCUACCGCGAAUGCUGCAACAUCCCUGCUCGCUGGAGGCAAUGGGCGCCGCGCCACUGCUGGUAACAUCACCAUGGGUCUCCCAAUCGAGGAAAAAGAGAAAGGGCCCAACAAGGGAGAUAUCCUCAACGGAGCAGUCGGUUGGAUGCGGGACUUGAUGUGGGCCCUGCACGUCAAGCUCCAACAGGAGUCAGAGCUGGCAGAAUUGAUCAGCAGGCUGGGUGGCACUUGGCCGUUUGAGCAGACCGAGGAGGAAAAGCGUAUGCGCACCGAGAUUCUCGAUGCGCUAGAGAAGAAUGAUCCUAGCUCCUUUGCCUACAGCAGAGCGCCAGGCAGCGGUCUCCGGGUGCCCAAGCACACCAACAUUGCUGGGGAUUCUGUCAGCGGCAACGGAACAUUGAGCCCACAGAGUCUGAGCCCACCUUUCAACAGUGGCGGCAGCAGCAAUGGCGGGGGCUCUGGACAAGCCCAGUAUUGGAAUAGCUCGGGCCAUGCUGGCAUGAGCUUCAAGGAAGAAGACGAAUACGCAAUGGAGAUGAACUAA